CUCAGAAACAUAAAAAAAAAUGGAUGCUUUUGUUGAAGACGACGGUUUUGGUUCUCGUUUCAACGACGGUGUUGAAGAAGAAGAAGAAGAGGGGUUUAGUUUCUUUGACGAUGUUGUUGUUGAAGACGAGAGAGAAGAGGGUUUUGCUUCUGAUUUCUACAAGGCUGGUUCUGAUUGGUCUUGUUUGUUGGAAGGAGAAGAGGAAGAGACCGAUAAGGUUACUCCCGAGAGUAAGAAGAUGAAACAAUCCAAUUUGUUUGAGGUUUGGGGUUUACAGAAGUUUACUCCUGAGACUGAGAAGAAGAAGACAACGAAACAAACCGACUUGUUUCAGGUCUGGGGUUUACAAAAGCCUUCUCCUUCCACUUCUUCUUCGUCCAAAAAGACGAGUACUGCUUCAGGAAAGAGACUCAGAGACUCUCCAUGGGCCAAUGACACGCCUCGGCAAUGCCCUUUUUACAAGAAACUUCCAGGAACACCGUUUACUGUGGAUGCCUUUCGCUAUGGUUGUGUUCAAGGCUGUUCUGCUUACUUCCUCACUCACUUUCACGCUGAUCAUUACAUUGGUCUCACUAAAUCUUGGUCUCAUGGUCCCAUUUACUGCUCUUCUCUCACUAGUCGUCUUCUCAGACUUAGUCUCUCUGUUAACCCCUCGUUUAUCCAUCCGUUGGAGCUAGAUGUGGAGUACACUAUUAACGGGGUCAAAGUCACUUUAGUUGAAGCUAAUCAUUGCCCUGGUGCUGCUCUUAUUCACUUUCGCCUCUUGGAUGGAACCUGUUAUCUGCAUACUGGAGAUUUCAGGGCUUCUAAGCAGAUGCAAACUCAUCCUCUCCUCUUUAACAGACGAGUUCAUGUCCUGUAUUUGGAUACAACCUACUGCAAUCCCAGAUACAAAUUCCCCUCUAAAGAAGAUGUGUUAAGUUACGUUGUGAGAAUCACAAAGGAGUUCCUGAGGAAGCAACCGAGGACUCUGAUUGUGGUUGGUUCUUAUAGCAUUGGAAAAGAAUGUGUUUAUCUAGCUAUUGCCAAAGCACUUGGGGUUAAGAUAUUCGCAAAUGCUUCAAGAAGACGGAUACUACAAUCUUUUGGAUGGGAUGAUAUUUCAAAUAGUCUUUGUACAGAUGGGAAAGCCACAUGUCUUCAUGUUUUGCCUAUGUCAGCAUUGAAAUUUGAAAGACUUGAUGAACACUUGAAGGUUUAUAGAGAACAGUAUGGAGCCGUUUUGGCAUUUAGACCCACAGGUUGGACAUACUCCGAGAAGGUUGGUGAACACCUUGAUCUGAUAAGACCAACAUCAAGGGGAAAAGUUACCAUUUAUGGGGUUCCAUAUAGUGAGCAUUCAAGCUUCACAGAACUUCGUGAGUUUGUUCAAUUUUUGAGGCCAGAUAAGAUUAUUCCUACAGUGAAUAUCUCUAAUGCUGAGAGCCGCGAGAAAAUGCAGUCAUGUUUCAGAGAAUGGCUCAGACGCUGAGAUUCAACUUUAGGUUGUUGGAUAAUUGCUUCCUAUUUGUUAUCUAUUUCUCAUUGAAGCUUGUAGGGAUGCUUGAUGCUUCCGUAACAUCCUGGAUAUUGCAACUGUAGAGUUGAAGCGCUGUCUUGAUUAUUCUCUUGUAAAACUUCAACUGGCUAAUUCUUUUAGUUAUGAUGAUUGGUAAAGUAAAGGUUUUAGAAAAAAACAAACCAUUCUAUAUGUUACAUUUACUUAUCUUUA